AUGCCAUCGGUUCUGUCUGAUGAGGAUAAAGAGACAGUCAAGAGACAAGUCCCGAAGGCCAGUAAUAAGAUACAAGCUGUAGCUAUUGCUAAGCUCUACAUUGCAUAUCCAAACCGAAGUAAAUGGACGUAUACCGGUCUCCAGGGCGCAGUGGUGCUCGCGAAUGAUCUUGUUGGAAAUGCAUAUUGGCUCAAGCUUGUCGACACGUCUAAUCUUGGAGUGAUAUGGGACCAGGAAAUCUACGACUCGUGGUCAUACAACCAAGAUAGAACCUUUUUUCAUUCGUUUGAGCUCGAAGAAUGCCUGGCUGGCCUGUCAUUUGUUGAUGAGAAGGAAGCUAAAACAUUUUUGAAGAAAAUGAACGACAGAGAGAAAAAUGCAAGCAAAGCUACAAAAGCGAAUCCUUUUGGGGGUGCUACUCAACAAAGUCUAGGGGGUAGCUUCAGACACGGCCUACUUGGUGGAUUCUUUGGCGGGCAUAAAAAUACACCCGCUCCUUCAGUACAACCUACGCCUCCAGAAUCUCCGAGUCAUACGCAAUCACCAAUCCAGAACAACCCGACAUCAGUUGAGGAUACAAAGGUCACAAGAUCGGAAUUCGCGGCGUUAGAUUCUAUUGAUCCCAAUUGGAGGGAAACCUGGGGCGAAGACUUGAAGCAGAUGGGAAUAACAGAUGAUCUUAUUCGUGAUCAACAAGACUUCAUUGCCGAAUACAUUAAAAGCCAACAAGCAACGCAAGAAAACUCCACUCCGAGAAAAGAUGAGAGCCAGAAGAGCAGAUCGUUGCCUCCACCACCACCACCUGUUCACGAUUCACCAUCGAGACGUGGUCGAGUUCCCCCGGCUCCACCACCGGCUAGAAGAUCCGCUACCAAGGUUGAACCACAUCGAGAACCUACACCUCCGAGAGAUCUUUCACCUGUCGGUGUCUCUCAUUCUCGGUAUGCUGCACCUCCUCCUCUACCAGAUGCUGGGAAAUUUACAUGUCUGAAUAACAAUUCUUCUCUAAGGAAACAGGCACCAUCGCUUCCUGUUCCUCGACCCCCAAAAACUUUACUGGUUGAGAGGGAAUCAAAAGAUCAUGCAUCAAAAUUUGGUGUGCCUCCUCCUUUCACAGGCGAGAGAAAUAACGGUGUACUUCCAACUCGAAAUCGCACAGUGUAUAUGACGCAAGGCCAUGAAAAGUUACCGAUAGAAACUCAAGCAUACGAUAAUCAUGCCCUAACUUUGGAUCAAUUUUCAUCUGAAAGAGUUAUUCCUCCGCCUCUUCCACCGAAAAUUAUGAAUGCACCUUCACCUAGUGUAACGUCUAUUAUUCCGAAUUCCAGGCGGGAAAAUAAUUCAAAGACCCAGCCUCAACAACUUACACCAGCGUCAGCACCCCAAACAAUUGUGCAGCCACCAAUCCUAAAGUCAACGAGGCCUUCUAUACCUCCGCCACCCCCGCCAGCCAUGUCAAGGCCAGGUGGACCUAAAGCAUCAUUGCAUCUAACGGAACCUCCAAAGCGAGAUGGAUUUUCAGCACCUCUGCCUCCGCCUCAACCACCCUUAAAUUCAACUUCAAAUGUAGCAUCAUAUUCUACACCACCUGCGCCUCCGCCUCCUCCACCACCAGCAACCUCUGGUUUAACCUUAGCUUCUACACCACCCGCGCCUCCUCCUCCUCCACCACCAGCAACCUCUGGUUUAACCUUAGCUUCUACACCACCCGCGCCUCCGCCUCCUCCACCACCAGCAACCUCUGGUUUAACCUUAGCUUCUACAUCACCCGCGCCUCCGCCUCCUCCACCACCAGCAACCUCUGGUUUAACCUUAGCUUCUAUACCACCCGCUCCUCCGCCUCCUCCAGCUCCACCAAUUCCAGUUAUACAGCCUAUACCUAAUCGAGACUCAGGCUAUGCCUCUGGAACCUCUACGCUAACUAAGCCAAGUGCUGAUCGAACAGAUUUACUGGCAGGUAUUCAAAAAGCAGGUGGAAUCGGUGCCUUAAAAAAGGUUGAUCGUAGUAAGAUAAGAGACAGAAGCGAUGCAAUGGUUCCGGGGACUACGGAAAGUGGGAUUGAUAACAGUAAGUUAGCGGAGUCAGGGUCAGAUACAGGAUUGGCAGGCGUAUUAGCCGCUGCUUUAAACAAAAGAAAAAAGAAAGUUAGUGCAAGCGGUAAGUCACACUUAAAUAAUAUUGAAAGCUACAAAUACUAA